AAAAGAUACUAAUUUAUUAUGAAAAAAAUUACCAAAUAUAUAAUAAGAAUUUUGAAUAUGACAAGAUUUUAUACAAACACUACCUUUAAACAAAAAAUUCAUUCAAUUCCUGAACCAGAAAUUCAUUUACCAAAACCAGAAUACAAUAUAGAAUUUCUUUGUAAUCCUUUAAAUCGGGACCUAAUUGCUGAUAAUAUUAAAAAGAGGAAAAGUUCUGGAAACAUAGACAAAGUUCUUGAAUUUCAUAGAAAGGCAAAUUCAAAAAAACUUUUUGAAGAAUUAAGCAAGAUACCUAAUCUCACACAAUCAACAACAAUGAAAUAUUUAGAAAAUAUACCAACUAUUCUUAGAAUAAUAGGAAAUUUGCCUAAAUAUGAUUUCAAAGCUAAAGAAUUCUCUAAUAUAGCAACCAAUUUAAAUUUAUUAAUAAAUAAUCAUUUAGGACCAGUAACUGGAUCCAGAAGUUAUGUUCUAAUAGGAGAUUUAGCUGAGUUAGAACAAGCUUUAAUAAUGUAUACUAUAAAAGAAUUAUUAAGUCAUAAUUUCCAUUUAGUUUCAGUACCAGAUAUUUUACCUUCUCAGAUUCUUGAACGAUGUGGAUUAAUUAAUGAUGGAGACAGAAAACUUGUAUAUGAAAUUGAACCAUAUUAUGGAAAUGUAUUCAGUCUUUCUGGAACAGCAGAAAUGGCAUUAGCUUAUAAAUUGUCUAAUAAAGUUUUUUCUUAUGAUGAACUACCGAUUAAGCUAGUUGCUGUGAGUAGAUGUUAUAGAGCGGAAAUUUCUAAUUUAGUUGAAGAAAGAGGUAUUUAUAGAGUUCAUCAAUUUACAAAAGUUGAAAUGUUUGUUGCUUCUGAACAAAAGCAUUCAAUUAAGAUCAUGGAAGAAAUUAUAUCAAUUCAAGAAAAGUUGUUUGGGCAACUGAAUUUACAUUGUAAAUUAUUAGAUAUGCCAUCAAAUGAAUUAGGAUCUUCAGCUUAUAGGAAAAUUGAUAUUGAAGCUUGGAUGCCAGGUAGAGCACGAUUUGGAGAAAUAUCAAGUUGUAGUAAUUGUACAGAUUAUCAAUCACGUAGGCUUAGUAUAAAAUAUAAAAAUAGUAAUGGUAUAAUAAUUCAUGCACAUACAUUAAAUGGAACUGCUUGUGCAAUACCACGGAUGCUUAUAGCAAUUUGUGAAACAUAUCAACUUUCUAAUGGUGAUAUUAUGGUUCCAGAAUAUUUAAAACAUUUUAUGAAUAAAAAAAGUAUUAUUAGAAAACAAAAUAUACCAUCUGUAAAAUAUUGA